GUGUAUGUGUGUGUGUUUACAGUGCUGUUUGCUGAGGUGAACCAAGAAGGAUAAGCUAUGUGGUGUGUGCGUGUUUAGGUUAGAGCAGCAAGGGUGCAGCAAAGGCAAAGAUCCUACACAAUGCAAGGACGAGCACAGAGCGGCACCGAUGGCACGGAGUGCAGCUGAAGUACAAGGAGUGCCCUGGGGAUAGGGUGGAGGACGAAGACGGGGACAGAGGGGGAAGAGGCGAAGAAAGCAAGGGGGGACGAAAGAGGCGAGUGGAAAAGAAAGGGUGAUCAUGGCUGUCAUGCAGUGAGCUAUAGCAUAUGCUGUAGCGCAGAGUGGAGUUGUGCGGCAGGAGAGGAGGACAAGCAUCACCGCACAGGAGAGGGGGGGACGGAGGGAGAGAGGAGGGGGGGGAAAGCAAUCAGCUCAGCACCUCUCCUCCAGCAGGAGGGGAAGAAGCACAGCGGGACGGGCCCAACAAAAUACACUCUCAUACAACAGGGACACAGUUGAGGAGAGCCCGGGUCAACGUGUAGAGGUCAAAAGGGAGACGGAGGGUGGUCGGGGGCAUCCCUGCUGGUCCAGGGAGGAGGAAGAAGAAGGAACCCGCUGCAGAAAGAGGAGUCUGCUCCUCGAAACCCGUUCCUUCUGACCGCUCUGCCACCUUUCCAUCACCAUGGGAGAAUGGACCAUUUUGGAGAGGCUGCUGGAAGCGGCUGUCCAGCAGCACUCUACCAUGAUUGGGAGGUGGCCAGAAAAAGGAGACCAAAGGGAUGUCCGUGUUGCUCUGUUUCUGCUGGAUAUGAUCCUGCUGACAGUGGUGGUGAUUUUUCGUAUCCUGAUAGUUGGCAUAGUGGGCGAGAAGGUGUAUGAAGACGAACAAAUCAUGUUCAUCUGUAACACCAUGCAGCCCGGCUGCAACCAGGCCUGUUAUGACAAGGCCUUUCCGAUCUCACACAUCCGCUACUGGGUGUUUCAGAUCAUCUUGGUAUGCACGCCCAGCCUGUGCUUCAUCACAUAUUCCGUUCACCAGUCUGCGAAGGCUCGCGACAGAAGCUACUCGCUCCUGCAUCCCUACAUGGAUCACCACGGGCACGGCCACCACGGCCGCCAUCACGACCAUCACGCCCGCAAGCUCCACUCCCGCAACAUCAACGGCAUCCUGGUGCAUCCCGACAGCAGCAAGGAAGACCACGACUGCCUGGAAGUCAAGGAGAUCCCCAACGGACCCCGAGGACUCCCUCCAACACACAAGAGUUCUAAAGUCCGGCGGCAAGAGGGCAUCUCCCGUUUUUAUGUCAUCCAGGUCGUGUUCCGCAACGCCCUGGAGAUUGGCUUCUUGGCCGGCCAGUACUUUCUGUACGGCUUCAAUGUGCCGGGGAUGUUUGAGUGCGAUCGCUACCCGUGUGUGAAGGAGGUGGAGUGUUACGUGUCCCGUCCCACAGAGAAGACUGUGUUUCUGGUCUUUAUGUUUGCGGUGAGCGGCAUUUGUGUGCUGCUCAACCUGGCUGAGCUCAACCACCUUGGCUGGAGGAAAAUAAAGACGGCCAUCCGAGGCGUGCAGGCCAGAAGGAAGUCCAUCUGCGAGGUGCGCAAGAAGGACGUUUCACACCUGUCCCAGGCCCCGAACCUGGGCAGGACCCAGUCCAGUGAGUCAGCCUACGUCUGACAGAGGCUUCUCUGCCUGGGGGCUCGAGGACCUUUCAAAUUUUGGAGGAGAGCUUUUCCCUGGCCUAGGACCCCCGAUCAGUAGGGCACAAACUCACCACUGCAUUAUUAUUCAGGAGCACAGACACACUCUGUGCAGUCACGACAAAGCAUUCAUUCACCAAGUAGAGUUUUUGACACUUGAAGAGAGGAGAUUCACCUUUCUACAUGAUGCCACCUCGUUGCUGUAAACUGAGAACUGAAGCGUACAUGACGGGAGUUCUGCUCUGCCUAGUGAACUCUAGGUGCCUUUAUAGAACCCCACGGAAGUGUGCAAUUACAAACGACAUGAUGAAAAUACUGUAAAGAUAUCUGAGGUUGAAUAAUCUGACGGUCUUAAUUAUUUGCCUUUUGCUGUAGGUCAGAGAUAAUCCCUUGUUUUCCAAUUUUGUGUGCAUAUGCAAGUGCUUAUGCGUGUGCAUGCAUACGCAUGUGUGUGUGUGUGUGGGGGAAAAAAAAAGCCAGUCUGACUCCAGUCAGAAAAUUGAAUGCUUAACUAAUCUGAGCUACUGAGAGAAAGAUAAAAAUGUUAUUUGUCACUGUCCAUAGUGUUUUAGCAAAGUCACUUAGUGGACAAACAAGCACCUUUUUAAGCAUAUACAAAGACAAACACAAAAAGCGAUCGGCACUACAAUGAUCAGCAUAAAACGUAAAGCAGUAUUUCUUGUCUGACUU